UGUACAUUGUACAAACAGGUGCGCAGACGCCGAUCUCGGUAAUCGCAGUGCAAUAUCUCGCAGAGUGCACUAUGGCUGCGCGCAUCUUAGUCGCGUCUUGCGCGCUUCUCGCGUUCUUUCACGUUGCGUGUGCGCAGGACAUUGCGGUACAAGUGUACCAUCAACCGACCCAGGCCCGACAGGCUCUCGUGAACAGCUACAUCGACGUCACCACACAGCUGAACUCCGUGAAGAGUCAGGUGGAACACCUGUAUAUCGACUUCGCUUCAAGAAUGACCAACAAUAUGAAUUCAGUCAUCAAGAAUAUCACCAACUGUGUUGAGAGCACUAGGAGGAAUUGUCAUUGGGAUUAUUGUCAUACUCCAGACAACCAGUGCUGGGUGAAGUUCGAUUACCAUCUGCAGAAAAUUGCGCACGAUGGCAGGAAGAAGGCAGAGGAAAGCGCCGAGAUUCACACGAAAUAUCUUAAAGGGUAUAUGGUGGUGGCCAGAAUCCACCUUGACAGGACUGCAGGCUGCUUGAGGAGGUACGACAGAUUUCUAAGGGGCUGCAGGCUGUCUUGUCAGGAAACAGCCAGAGUAAGCCGUUUUCACCGCAUCGCUCUAGAGAAAAUUCGCCGAGUUCGAAACGAUCUGCCUUUCACGAGGCGAGCAUACCACGACCUUCUCUGUCGAUCCCGCCAAGAGCUGAGGCAGUUUGAAAGGUACGCCUCGAUACAGACGAGGCGAGCUAUUGAGGAGAUGAGAUCCUGUGUAGAUGUGAGACGCUAAGGUUUUUGGUGAGGUCGAAAGUUGUUUAAAGGUCUUAAAAUUUUUGUAAAAUUCUUGUUAGUAUAAUUCGCGUCAAUUCACUUACUUUGUUCUUCUGAAGCUAGAUAUAUGACGUCUCGCACAUGUGCGGUUGUGUUGCUUUGUUUCUUUAGUGACUCCCGUCAAUUUGUCGAGAUGACUGGAAGAUACGUUUCCUAUAGAUGUUUUAUUUCACAAAAUGGAUGAACCAUGCUUGUGUGUGUGUUUAUAUAGAUCCUGAGCUUACACACAUACAGAGACAAUAAGAACAUACACAUCUAAGCAUAGCUCACUUACUGUCGUGAAAUUAAAACAUCGAUUUCCUUUUCCCAUAGAGUUUUAACCACUUUCGACAUUAAUCAAAGCUAAUAGAAUUUAUAUGUGUCAUACUAGUUAAUUUAAUAGUGAAAAUUAAUUCGUAUACCUGUGAGUUUAAUGAGAUUGAUAAUUAAAGUUCUGUGACUAUAGUAUUAACUUCUUAGUUAAUAUAUUAUUAAAAUAUUAGGAAAAAUACUUUAAGUAUGGUAUUUUUUAUGGUCCCAGAAUUAGUGUGAAAAUGGUGAUAUAAUUCAGCAUUAAUAGAUUAUACAAGUUAUAGUUUAAAAAUUCCUAGCUAAGCGUUCACACACUGUAAACUUUUAGUCAGCUGAUAAUUAAUUUGUUUGGGUUCAUAAAUCGGUAUUAAGAUGAAUGGUAGUACGCACAUUACAAAGAUCAGGUAUUUAGCCGAUCAUAUCGGAUCGACUGAAAGGUUAGAUUGGAGUCAAGAUUUUCUUUAAAAAAACAGCCAACCAUCGGGUCAACUGUAGGCCUACUGUUUAAUCUGCAGUGUGGUACUCUUAAGCUAUUACGAUAUAUUUAUUUGAAAUAUUAAAUCGAGCCGACAUUAUACCUAUAUCUAUAAUAUUUAUAAAAAUAAUUAAAUCAGCCAAUACCGACCUACUUAUUGUUUUUAUUAAGAAAUAAGAAGUAGACGACAAUGUAAAAUCCAAAAAUAUACAUAGUAAGUAUUUAUGUUUAGGUAAGUAUAUGACUUAAAAUUGUAAAAUUAGAUUAAAAAAAUAAAAUUGUAAAAAGAUAAUUGUGAUUAGGUGAUGUCAAUAAUUGGACUCUAUGACAUUUUUAAUGUGUUUUGAAAAUAUUGCGAUGGUCCGUACUGCAGAAGUACAUAA